AAGGGCCUUCAUUCCCGUCCAAAGCCUCAUGCACUUAGGAAAUACAGAUACAUUUUAGCGGUGUCAGGAGUUCACCCUUACUUCCGCGGAGGCUUUGCAUGCGGUUUUUAUGGUAACCCUCUUGUUGUUCCUACAGAAACAUUAUCUUGAACAACCCAAAGAAAAGAAACGCCCUGUCGCUGCCUAUGCUGCAGUCGCUCCGGGAAGACCUCCUGCAUGACAUCCAAAGCAAAGAUCUCAGAGUUAUUAUCAUUUCAGCGGAAGGACCUGUAUUUUGUUCUGGUCAUGAUUUAAAGGAACUGUCAAGUGCAGAAGAUGUGAAGCAUCAUUCCAAAAUAUUUGAACUUUGUGCAGAGGUUAUGACUUUAAUCCAGAAGCUUCCAGUACCUGUGAUUGCCAAAGUAAAUGGCUUGGCUACAGCAGCAGGCUGUCAACUAGUGGCAAGCUGUGACAUUGCAGUGGCAAGUGAGAAAUCCCAGUUUGCUACUCCUGGUGUAAACAUCGGUCUGUUUUGCUCCACACCGGCUGUGGCCUUGGGCAGAUCUCUUCCGAGAAAGGUGGCAUUAGAGAUGCUUUUCACAGGUGAACCUCUUUCUGCUCAAGAAGCAUUAAUGCAUGGGCUUGUCAGCAAGGUGGUACCAGAAGACAAGCUAGAAGAAGAGACCAUGAAAAUCUCUCAGAAGAUAUGCAAAAGCAGCAAGUCUGUCCUGGCAUUGGGGAAAGCCACCUUUUACAGACAGAUGACACAGGACCUUGAUACUGCUUAUAAAAUAACUGCCCAGGUCAUGGUAGACAAUCUGACUUUGAGAGAUGGGCAGGAAGAUGGGGAAAUUGAGGCCAAAUGUGUUCUGCUCAAGGUCUCACAGUAAGCCGGUGGCAUUGUGACAAUGACGUCCGGGAUGCCGACACCUGCUCCUUGUCCUUCUUCAGCAGCAAAGUCUUCAGUGAAAUCAGCAGACACGCAGGAUGAUUGCACGCUCUGAAAAGACUGCAAAAGCUUCUGAGCAGGAAUUAUGAGCUACUGCCUCAAAGGCCCCGUGCUUGACAUUUAUUGUCUUUUUGAUGAAUGUGGGAUAAUUUUACUGUCAACAGUUUCUCAUUAGGAGCCCAGCAAUGUUCUUUCUGACCAUUAUCUUGCUCAAUAUCACAUGGGGUUGCCACAGAGAGCAGAGAUUUUAUGUAAAACCCAUCUAUCUCUGUAGCUGCAAAAUGUUCUAAUAAUUCUGCAUUUAAAUAAUUUCGUGGAAAUGCUGGCUGCCUCCUCUAAGCGAUAAGGAGUAUAGACAAAUGGCUAAAUUUCCAUGAAGACCUAAAGCUAUUGGACAAACCUCAUACUGCAAUGAGUGGGAUUCAUUUGUCUUGAUUUCACUGGCCUUGCACCUAGGUUAUACUAAUUCUGAAUUUACCCACUGGGAAGUGGGUUCCUAUCCUGUUUUACACGUUUUUUAAAGGAUACUCACUUAGAGGGAAGAAACAGUAGAGCUAUACUGUUCACAUUCCCAGUUGUAUGAUGUGCAGUUUCCUAGCUCCUUUUUGACAAUAUUAGGAAUAUGUGUCUUGUAAAACGUAUAGCUUUCAUAAAAAGAAAACAGUAUAGAAAUGUACCCCUAAUGCAAUUAGUUACUUAAAAAGGUGAAAAUCAUUCAUUAACCUUUGAUGCUGCCAGCUAUAUUAAUUUUCAUUAUAUAUGACUUUUACAGUGUUAAUAUUUAUUUUCAACAUUUGGAUCCUGGAGCCAUGUGAUAAUGGGAACAUCUGAGGGUCGUUGUACUUUUGAUUAUUUUCUGUUGUUAUAGCAAAAAAUGGAAAAUGAAAUGCCUAGAGUCUAAA